AUGUCGAUAAGAGAGCACCCCGACGAGGCCAUUACUCGAGCCAGCGUAGAGCUUUACAAAGCAAGCCUAUGUAUUCAAAAUUGUCGUACAUCCAUUCUCCAGUUGCUCACCAUUCGAAAAGAAGAGAAAAGAAGUCGAAUGCAAGUAGACCGAGAGAACCGACGCCUUCACGUCCUUUGCCAGGAGGCUGUGCACGACCGCAACGAGAUCGCCAGCAAAUGCCAAAGCCUAUACCGCGAGCUAGGAGAUGCCUAUACGGAGAUUCUCUCUCACUAUGCCUUGUCUGAGAAUUCGGAUCAAGCAUCGAUGACCGUGAAGGAUGGGACGCGGAUGACACAACUUGAACGAGAAAACGACAAGUUGCAACGACAGAACAGUGAGCUCCAGCGGGCAUUGGGAAUGGCGGGCGAUAUGAUCCGCGCUCUGUUCGCUUCACCCGAUAUGGGAUUGUUCAGGUCCAAGAAGCCACCCACUUUCCCGCCUAUCUCUUACCCCAAGCCGGCUGAUCCUCCGUCCGUAGAAACAACAACAAAGCAGCCUAGAAAGCGUAGGCUAGACACAAACAAGAAUUUGCCGGUACCAAGACUUGCACAGAUGAUUGAGAGGAAGAUGUCUGAGAACUUCCAGCUAAGAGAAGAGUUGCAGUGGGAGCGAGACCGCUUCUGGUCAAGCUGCCAGGCAAAAUCAUUCCUUGCAGCAGAGGUUCAAGCCGUGGUAGAGAACCUUCGUCAGAUCCUAGCCGACUUCGACCGGCUUGUCACACCAGAAGAUGCUCUGAGCCAGCCUAGAGACUUGCCUCGGAGCGAGAGCAAUGGAUGGGAACCCGGACUAAAUUAA